AUGGCGGACCUGAGCAACGUUUCGCGUUACAAGAUCUUCAACAACAAGAACGAGGCAAUCGAAAUACCCGCUUCACAUGUCUUGAAGUACCCAGGCUUUGAGGAACACUUCACCAGAACCAGUCGCUCUAGGACCCGAAGCCUUGACUCCGGACGUUGCUCAUGCAUCAUCGACAUCGCCGCUGUAUUCCUGCGCAAUGGCAGGUUCUACAACCUCCACACUGGCCAGUGCCGUUGCAUUUGUAAGUCAACCAACUUCUGUACCCGCGCCGUCGCUAUUUACGACUUUGCGAUCGAGUUCGAACUUGAUGCACUCGCGGGACUGGUUGCGGACGACAUGCCCAAGUUUGCCGAGCACAUCAAACCCACAGACGUCCUCUGUCUCAAGCUGAUGUAUGGUGAGCCCGUGACACCGAAGGCCGCCUGGAUGUGCAGCAACCCUCAGCUCUCAAAUCAUGAGAGUCUUCGUCAGGACAUGGCUCGAUUGGUGAUGUCUCUGGCUGACGAGCCUAGUCUCAAUGAGAGCGGGGUCUGA